AUGGAGAGACUCACGGAAAGGGUCAACAUCGAGGCAUCUGUCGGUAGCGUCCAGGGAAUUGCGGCGGGUUUGGGAAGCCAAGGGCGAUGUUUUGCGCAGGUAGAAGAUCUCUUCUUCAAUUGCUCUAUGAAGCGAGAUCCAGUUACUGCAGUCUACGUUACCAAAAGAUGGGCAGAAGCCUGUCGUGGCGGAAGCGAUCAUUGGAGGAACUGGUGGGACUCUCCAGCGUGCGAUGUAGGGUUCACCCAAUACGGUAAAGCAGAACAAGCCGAUAUUGACGACCUCCUGUCUAUGAUGCGGGAUCUCGAAAGAGAGCUCAAAUUGUUAUAUCCUUCCAUGACAACAAACUGGUACACAUUUCAGUGGUUAGAGAGCAUUCUGGACUCGUGUAUAAGAGAACUUGGAAAGGACAUGGACCGCCCGCCGAGAUACAUUGCCAAUCUCUAUUACGGAGCACUGGACAUACAGACCGAUACCACCUUUGAAAUGCACCGCAUGGUUCGAUCGUUGGAAAUCUCUCUUUACAGCGCGCACCAAUCUCUUGGUAGGGCCAGCGAAUUGACGGUUAAGCUGGGUGAAUUCCUACAACAACGACUUGGUAUUGAAAGCGACAGCUAUAGGAUUGCCACGGCAGAGUUGAGGUGGGCAACCCAGUUGCUCUUCCAUCUUGAGGAGCAGAUACGUCGUCUUUCCGAUGAGCUCGAGGCGUGGGAGAUUGUGGGUAAGACACUUGAGGGCUCUGAGGAGUAUGGCUUCCUAAACUUGGAGACAGUGAUCUCGAUUGCAAUGGGGAAUCGUUCAAUAACGAAUGAGGGUGUGAUUGGUAGAGCCUGGGUAGGAUGGGAUAAGGAGAUGCUUAAAGAUGAUUUCCAACUCCCUUCUGAAGAGGAACAGUAUGUAGCCUUGUUGUUGGCAAAGAGGGGUUUACGGCCACUGUAUCUAGAAUGA